AUUUCAUCAGUAGUAAUCAAAGUAAUCAAUCGUUCAUCUAGUGUCCGUCAGUUCGUCAUCAGUUAUUCCGUAUGUGUGCGUAGGUGAUGGCAGACCCGGUAGAUGUGCCCGUCGCCGCCGGCAACGACUCAAAGUUUGAUGCCCUCGUAAACUUUGAGAUAGAAAAGAAGAUCGGCAAGGGUCAGUUCAGUGUCGUCUACCGAGCGAGAUGCAGGUUCGAUUCUAGCAUCGUCGCGCUUAAGAAAGUACAGAUUUUUGAGAUGAUGGAUGCAAAGGCACGCCAAGACUGCAUCAAGGAGAUAGAUCUCCUUAAGCAACUGAACCACCCGAACGUCAUCAUGUAUCUCGCAUCGUUUAUCGAGGACAAUGAGUUGAAUAUUGUACUGGAAUUGGCAGAUGCUGGUGACCUAUCAAGAAUGAUAAAGCACUUUAAGAAGCAGAAGAGGCUGAUUCCAGAGCGUACGAUCUGGAAGUACUUUGUCCAGCUGUGCAGCGCUCUGAACCACAUGCACUCACGCCGCGUCAUGCACAGAGACAUCAAGCCAGCGAACGUGUUCAUAACAGCGACGGGCGUAGUGAAGCUAGGCGAUCUGGGACUCGGACGAUUUUUCAGUUCUAAGACUACAGCGGCGCAUUCUCUAGUUGGAACACCCUACUACAUGUCACCUGAGCGCAUACAUGAGAAUGGAUACAACUUCAAGUCGGAUAUCUGGUCAUUAGGUUGCCUGUUAUAUGAGAUGGCAGCACUGCAGUCACCAUUCUAUGGAGACAAGAUGAACUUGUAUUCAUUGUGUAAGAAGAUUGAGCAAUGUGACUACCCACCUUUACCCUCCGAUCACUACUCAGAAAAGCUGCGAUCACUAGUGAAGUUGUGCAUCAAUCCCAACCCUGAACAGCGACCAGACAUCUCCUAUGUUUACAACGUGGCGCAGGAAAUGCAUGCCGGAGGCGCCACCUAGCUAUUGAAACCUCGCGAGCAUGGCAUGUACAAGACUUAGCGUAUCCUUACUUUCCAUAAAAGACAGUUGAUGCAAUUACUCGAAACUUGUUUGUGAAAAUAUUUGGUAUGUUGCGGUGGUGAUUUCGCACAGAUUUUGAAUUAUUAUACGUGGAUAUGAGUUGCAUGUAAAGAACACAGAAACCAUCCAAGUGCCAUUGCCCUUACUUUUGAGAGGCCUUGUCCAUGAGGUUUGGUACAUGGCAACCUCUUGUCUUGUCUUAAGCAUGUGGAAACAAUGUUUGUUGUGAUCAGGCCACAUCAUUAUGGCUGCUGUGAUAUUAUUUGUCCGUCCUAUCGCGGCAGCGGUCUAGUCGAUUCUCGAUUCUCGCAGUGCUGCCCUCUAUAGUAUGAUGAAGGUGGACCCAGUCCAUCUGUGUUUACCAAAGAAGAGAUAAUGAGCUGAAUAUGUGGAUACACCCUGUGAGCGUUGUUCUCUCACUGAUGCCAAAGAAUCUCGUAAAUUUUUGAGCCAGUUGAUGAUAUGAAAUGCAGGAGGCCGUAAGUCAUAGUUAUGUCAGCAAGUUUGAUUGGAAGUAUUUUGGAGGUUUAAUGUACUAGUAGUUUGGGCAGAGCAUAAAUGUAUAUUUAAUCUGUGUUAUGAAACAUAACAUUUGUUUCUGGCCAUACAUAUAUUUAUAUAUAAUAUAUAUAUAAUGUUAAUUAGUUUUUAUUGCUCUCAAGAUAUUUUUACUUCUUUUUUCCAUAAGGGUACAUAUUAAAUAUCUUCUCUGAUUUUAUUCCAUAUUGAAUGAAAUUUUCAAUGGCAUUAUUGCUUCAUAGCACAUAAUAGUCAUAAUAGUAACUUGAUGAUGUGAAAUUCUAUUAAUACAAUUCUAUCUCUUAUCCAGAAUACCAACUCAACUUGAGAGGCUUUUAGUAUUCUAGUAAAUCAAAGAAGGUACUUGUAUGAGAAUAUCCCAAUUGCAUGAUUAGCAAACCAAAUAAAUAUUUUGUUGAGCUAGUAAUGAGAGCUGAAGAGUGAUGAUGUCAUAUAUAUUUAUAGUUAUAAUACAUUAUCAAGAAAUAAUUAUGAGGGGCCAUUUCUGUAGUCUGUAGGCAUCUUGUUGUAGUUAUCCAAUAAUUGAUUCCAGCUAAGUCAUCCACUGUUUGCAUUGGCAUUAGUCUCUAUGCAGAACCCAUAGAGAGCUAUAGCAUUAUAACUGAAAGUAGAUAUGUUUGCUCUGAAGCUGCAUGAUAGUCAGCAAUCAUGUCACUCGCUUCUGAUGCUUUAGCUUGCAGCUACCUUCGCAUGAUCGUACCGGUGAUUAUCAUGGUCGAUUAGGAAUGUAUUGUUAAUGAAUGUUGUUAAAUUCCUAACACGGUGGAGCCAUGGUUGUUGUGGCAGGCAUCCACUGUAGUCAAUAUUGUUGAUAAAAUUGAGGACUAAGCGAUUUUGUAGUGAAGAAAUCACUGCUGUUGUAAAGCAAUUCGUCGUGGCACUAUUGUUUUGGUAACUGUUGCGGUAUAUUUACUUUAGUUAUGAAGUCUAUGCUUUGUAUAUGAAUGGAAAUCUAUUCGUUAUUGAAUCACAUGGACCUGUUUACAUGUCUUUGUUCCCGGCCAUAUAGAUGAAUGAUCGCGAGUGGCAAAUCUACGUAAGCAAGAUUUUCUCUCCAAUGUCUUGGUUUUACACUGUCAUCUCUGCGAGGUUUGACAGGGGAACAGAUGUAAGUGCAUUGUCUACUAAUUUACAUACGAUUUGUGCAUGCUUGACCGUUCUAGCCUACAACUGGCCGAAUCAGACGCGAGAUGUGUUGCUGUAUUGUUCUGCAGAAACCAUUACGUGUUGGCGAAAGUAAUUUUGCUCAGCAUUUUGGCCUGUUUUAGCUGUUUAAGUUAUGUAACCUUUUCCUGCUACUAGUUGUGGUAAUGUUACACUGUUAAGGCACAGCCUUUACUUAUCAAAAAUUUGUGCGAUCGCGAAGGAGUGAUAGUAAGACAGCUUAUUUAUACAUAUUGAUUAUUAUCUACGUGUCUUACCCAUCCCGUCACAUAGUGUGCUCACAUAGAUAAUAUAGAGGCGUAUCAUAGAAUGCAAUGUAGAAAUGUGUAAUAGUAAUAUUUUAUUUUAUUUACCCA